GUGUGUGUGUGUGUGUGUGUGUGUCUGACAGCAUCUGACUGGUUGCUGCUCAGUCCACCGCUUGGUGGUGAGAAGUAUAGGCACUCUGGCUCAGAGCGGGAUAAACACCGGACGAAGGUGGAAAAAAUACGAACUCUCCAUCACGCUUUAGACUCGAAUUAAUCGCCGCGUGCUCCUCCGGACCAGGAGAUUUGUAGCUGCCGCAGUGGCUUGUUCCGGCAGCGGGCAUUUGCUGCUUGAUGCGUCCGCAGUGCUGGAUUUUGCAGUUCUGAAGUAAAUGAGAUCUACUGACCGACACUCUAUAAUCACAACACCUUGACAGGAGGCUUGCCAUCUUAAAAGAUCUUCUCAAAGGACAUCUGACUGGAUACUUGAGUAACCGGGAACACCAAUCGGAUCUCUGCAGCUUAGUGGGACGCAAUAUGAAAAUCUGGUCAUGAGCGGGUAUCUGAUGAGAAAUGAUGUCCUCGGAAAACACAAGCACUUCCUGCCCUGUGGGAGGCUAUGCGUGGGAAUGCUCAGAUCCACUAUCUGAAAAGCUAUUGCACACAAACAAGACUCUGGUCGUAAAUGAAGAUUCCUUUCCAGUGUGACAAUACACCAAGCGCACACUGAACAGAGAAAAACAAAAAUCGUGUUUCUCAAGCUGAUGUUCCUAACAGAACUGUUACAUCCAAUUACAAUCAAAGCCUUGUUGAACACCCAGUGGAUAACUGCUAAAAAGAUCAUAACCUGUGUAAACGACAGAAACAAAAAUCAGCUGGAGCUAUGGCUGAAGCACAGAUGUCCAUUUCUUCUGGGUCCAGUGGAAAUGGUGGAGGUAUGGUGACCAGUGCCUUACUUUGCUGGGCUAUGACUCUUGUGUUCCUCUCACUGACUAGGGUGCCUGUUGUUCAGGGUGACUGCUGGCUGAUUGAAGGGGAAAAGGGAUUUGUAUGGUUGGCAAUCUGCAGCCAGAACCAGCCACCAUAUGAAAAUAUCCCAUUGCACAUUAACAGCACAAUUGUUGACCUGCGACUCAAUGAGAACAAGACAAGCAUCCACUUUUCUUCCUUAAGUCGCUUUGGCAAUCUCACAUACCUGAAUCUGACUAAGAACGACAUCUCGUAUAUUGAAGAUGGGGCUUUCUCAGCCCAAUUUAAUCUUCAAGUGUUGCAGAUUGGCUUUAACAAGCUGAGGAACUUGACCGAGGGAAUGCUGAGAGGAUUGGGACGCUUACAGUACCUCUAUCUUCAGGCUAACCUGAUCGAGACGGUCUCAGCCAAUGCCUUCUGGGAAUGCCCCGCGAUAGAGAACAUCGACCUCUCGAUGAACAGGAUUCAGCUUCUGGAUGGUCCUACAUUUCGUGGUCUGUCAAAGCUUACAACAUGUGAGCUCUAUGCUAACCCGUUCAGUUGCUCUUGUGAGCUGUUGGGAUUCCUGCGCUGGCUUGUUGCAUUCCCAAACCGGACAAGUGAGCGAAUGGUUUGCGACACCCCUCCUGGCUUUUCAGGCUACAGUCUUUUGAGUCAGAACCCCAGGAUGCCAAGAUUUCGGAAUGCCUUCCAUGCACUCUCCUCUGUCUGCAGUGAUGACAAUGUGACACCAAAUCUGCAAGGGUCUUCAGAUGAGUGCACUCCCACAAUGUUAAGCCCUUGUGGACUGGAUGACUGCUCCUCAGGAACAUUUCCAGAGGAGGCCAUAAGCAUCAGCCCCACCUUUGUGGAUCCAGAUGCACGUCCUCUAAUGAAACUAAAAGACAUUACCCACACAAGUGCGACAAUCUCGAUUCAGAUUCCAAAUCCGUUUAGAAAAAUGUACAUCCUUGUCCUGUACAAUAACAGCUUCUUCACUGAUAUCCAAAACCUGAAAAGCCAGAGAGAAGACAUUGAGUUACAGAACCUUAAAACUCACACGAACUACACAUAUUGUGUGGCAUCCAUUCGCAAUUCACUGAGGUUCAACCACACCUGCCUGACCAUCUCCACAGGACCAAAUCCAUUGCAAGAACAUGUGGCAAAUGAUUCAACUGCCACUCAUUACAUUAUGACCAUAAUCGGUUGUCUUUUUGGGAUGCUGAUUGUUCUGGGUGUAGUGUUCCAUUGCUUGAGAAAGCGCAAAAAACAAGACGAGCCAAAGAGCAAGAAGCUGGAAAAGAUGAAAAGAAACUUGAUCGAGAUGAAAUACGGAACUGAACUGGAACAGGGCACUAUAUCACAGCUGUCCCAGAAACAAAUUCUGUCUGCUGGUGAGACCAUACAAAGGAUGCCAUACUUGCCAACUGCCAGUGACUCAGAUCAGUAUAAGAUGCAAGAGAUCUCUGGGACACCAAAAACCACAAAGGGGAAUUACAUGGAAGUGAGAUCAGAGCAACCGGAGCGCAGCAUUAGGGAAUGCAGCAUUCCUCCAUCAGAAGCCAGCCAGGGAUCUGUUGCAGAGAUAUCCACAAUUGCAAAAGAAGUGGAUAAAGUAAACCAAAUCAUCAACAACUGCAUUGAUGCACUCAAAUCCGAUUCAACAUCAUUCCAGGCUGCAAAAUCUGGUGCUGUCUCCACAGCGGAGCCUCAGUUGGUCCUUAUAUCAGAGCAUCCACCAGGCAAGUCUGGUUUUCUGUCUCCAGUGUACAAAGGAGGCUAUCACCAUCCUCUACAGAGGCACCACAGUAUGGAUGCCCCACAAAAGCGUGCAAGCACAUCCUCGAGUGGCUCGUUGCGUAGUCCACGCUCUUUCCGUUCUGAAGGAGCUUACAGAUCAGAAUCCAAAUACAUUGAGAAGGCAUCUCCACUUGAUGAGUCAGGAAUCAUUACAGUCACUCCAGCCGCUGCGAUCCUGAGGGCGGAGGCAGAGCGGAUUCGACAAUACAGUGAACACAGGCACUCCUACCCUGGUCCCCACCAUAUAGAGGAGUCGAUAGAGGUUUCAGGAAGCCGGAAGUCAUCCAUUCUGGAGCGCUGGCCGCACCAGACCACGGAGCUAUCCUAUUCACAGCUCUCACCGCAGUACCACAACCUGAGCGGCUACUCCAGCCCUGAGUACAGCUGUAGGCCUUCUCUUAGCCUGUGGGAACGUUUUAAACUCCACCGCAAACGCCAUCGGGAUGAGGAAGAGUACAUUGCAGCAGGCCACGCGUUAAGGAGGAAAGUACAGUUUGCCAAAGAUGAGGACCUACAUGACAUUCUGGACUACUGGAAAGGAGUCUCUGCUCAGCAGAAAUCAUGAUUGCCAUUUUUGUAGCUCGUUCGAUUAAAGAAGACCACACAAAUCUCUGGACCAAACCAGCCAGUAUCAGUGAUUAAGUGAGCACUCACUUUUAGAGAAAUAGCUUAGAAGUAUUGCUAGCUCUUUUCAAUCAUUCUGUUUGAGAAUGAAAACAAAAUACGAGAUACUGUAGAUCUUGCAGUGAGUGUACGUGCCAAGUGGUAAGAAUAGAAAACUUUUAACAGUAUUAACCUCAACUCAACAUUUGAUUUUUAUAUAUUGGAAAUAACAAUAAACUACUAUUAUAUUAUCACCAUUCUCAUCAUCAUCAUGACCAUCAUUGAUUAGUAGUAUUACUGUUAAGAUUGAUUCUUCUUCUUAUUACAAUUAAUCUUUGGUUAUCGCAUGGCCGUGUCCUGUGACAGUAUUGACUGUUGUGUACUUGGAAAAACAUACAACUCAAAAUGUCUGCCGAACACUGUUUUCCCUAACCUUAGAUUUUCAUACAGACUGUGCAACUUUGAAAACGCUCUUUUUUCUUCUUUAGCGACAAUGGACAAUUGCUGAAUUUGCUACAGAAGCACACCUCUACUGGAUUUUAAAACAACAACUUUUCAGAAGAAAAGCUUCU